AUGUGGGAAGAAUUCGCAUACUUCCAUGAGGGUUAUGGAAGUUCAAAAACAGGACAAAUUAAAGAGGUUUAUUUAAGCGGCUGUGAAGACAGCGACGUCUGUGAGGUAAAACGUGGUGAAACCUAUACUUCUAGACUAACUUUUGAAUCUUUGACCGAAAGUGAGUCUUUGAAGGCGGUGGUCCAUGGAACCAUUAAUGGAGUUACCACGCAAUAUCCAAUUCCAAACUCGGAUGUAUGUCAAGAGGAAGGCGUCGAUUGCCCGAUUGAAUCCGGAAAGAUAUACACCUAUGGAAAUGAAAUCGAAGUUCGCAAGGCGUAUCCUUCCGUUCGUGUUGACGUGAAAUUUCAACUUAAAGAUGCAAGCAACAACGAUGUCGUAUGUCUAAUUCUCCCUGUUAAAAUUGUCUAAACAAAAGAAAAUCUUUCAAACAUAUCAUGCAAGUGUCAAAAAAAUGG